AUGGGGCCUGCACAGAUCUGCACCAGGCCCCCUGUUUAUAUGUUAUGGCUAGAGUUUCGUUCCACUUUCAUGUCUUUCUUUUUCUUGGUUGCAGCCAGAAGUAACAUGUCACCAAAGUACAGACUGGAGAGAUGUGAAAGAGUGCGAGGCAUGUGUAAGACCUACUGUGAUGAGGAUGAGUAUGAUUUUGGAUACUGCAUCAAAUGGAGGAACCGGUGCUGCAUAUGA